UUUAACCAUAAACAGAUUAAAAAUGCGACCACCACUGGGUUUUUGCUCAUCAAAAAACAAAAUUUUCAUGAGAUUGCAAACAGAAUCGUCAACUUGCCUUUGGCCACUUUGGAAAGUCUGAUAACUCAACUCACAAAUGGUCGCGUAAAGCCUGAAAGUGAUGAAGAGAAGGAGUGUUUCAAAAUGUUCAAAAUUAUCAAUGACUUGCAGCCAAAGUGCAAGGAUCUUUGA